AUGGUGUUGCCUUUGCCGGGCUCAAGCACUGGGGCCCCGGCGACUAGCUCUUCUUCCCGUAUGUUUCAGUCUAAUAAAUCACUUAGCGUAAUAGAAAAUAUUCCUCUUAGCUUUUAUUGUAAUGAAAUCCUCAACCGAACUCAGGGAUCUGGAGCUAUAUCUGUUCUUGAGUUUAAUAAAGAAGGCACUCAUUUGGCGUAUGGAAAUUCUGACGGGAUUCUUAGCAUACUUGAACUUGGGCAAAGCGUAACCCAUAAAUCAGAUAUGGGGUUUUCUAAUCACGUUUGCUCAAAGCCUUACCAGUCGUUUCUGAGUCACGAACCCGAAUUCGAUUGCCUCAAAUCACAAGCUAUUGAAGAAAAACUUACAUUUAUACGGUGGCUUAGCAGAUGUGGGCCGUCUCAUUUUCUACUCUCCGCCAAUGAGCGGACGAUAAAGCUAUGGCGAGUUACCGAGGUACCUUUGCGUGAGAUGGGCAAUCUGAACUUUCCAACCGAAUCCGGGUGUCGCAGGAAGGUUGCGAUUCGAUCAAAUUCUGACUUAAAAGUUCCCCGGUGGUCUCCACGGAUGUCCGAUAAUAAAGCAGUCAGAGUCUACAACAAGAAAGUGUUUGCCCGUGGUCAUGGGUUUUCUCUCACUGGUCUGGCUCCUUUUGUCGAUCAGGAAACGUUCCUCUCGUCUGAUCCAUUGAGAAUAAACUUGUGGCACUACGAUGUCGAUUACGAAGCCUUUACUAUCGUCGAUCUUAUGCCUGAACGAAUUGAGGACAUUACGCAUUUGAUCACAGGACUGACGGCUUCGCCUUCAUCACCAUCGUUAUUUGCUUACAGCACUAACCGUGGUUCCGUGCGAGUCUGCGAUACUCGCAACACUGCACUUUGCGACCGUCCUGCGAUAUCAAUUGACAACUUACCUGAAGCCGAACAAAAUCCUGUCCUCAUUUUGCUAAAUUCAAUUGCCGACCUAAAGUUCUUCCACAAUUCUGACCGACACAUUGUUUCGAGGGACUUCCUGUCGGUAAAAGUUUGGGAUCUUGCGAAUACAUCUGCUCCUGUGGAGAUUUAUCCAGUCCAAUCUCACCUCAGACCAUACUUAAAUAGUAUUUACGAGACAGAACUGUUAUUUGAUGAUUUCAAAAUUUCGCUGUCAUCGGAUGACAGGUACAUAUUCACAGGAUCAUAUCAGUCUGACGUGCGAAUAGUUGAUAGGGAAAUGGGUUUGCGUGGUAUUUACAAGCUGAAAAUGGAACCAGACGACUCGCACCUCUAUCCGACUUACUAUGGACAUUCACCGGAAGUCCGAACACCCGAGUCUGCCUCCGCACCCUGGCCUCGACCGUUAACUGCUGACCUUUCUCCUGAAUCCUUAGACCCCGGUGCUGUGACCUCUGGCACAAGCGAGUUCCCAAUCACCUCCCUAUUCUCCCUUACCUCUGUGAAGAAGUGGAUUAGC